GCUGGCCAAGAAUCUCUACCUCAGCGGGAGAACAACUGCUGUAGCGUUUCCUAUCAUCAUCAUCAUCCUCCUCCUCAGCAGCAGCAGCAUCACCAUCAGCAUCAUCAUCGUCAGUGCGAGCGGCACGCAUCUCACUUGCUCCACAUCCUUGGGGCCACGAGAGCGCCAGGGCGCAAAGAUGAAUAUCCAAGUCCUGUCUGAGCACAAACUGUCUUCAGUGGCACCGUUGAAACAGUUUAACGUGGAAAAAAAGGAAGUGGAGCUGAUCCUGGUGAAGGAGCAGAAUGGGGUCCAGUACACGAACUCUUCUGUCGUGGCCUCUCCGAGCUCCCACGGCUGCACCUCCGGCUCCGGUGAGAUUGAGGAAAGGGAGACAUGGGGCAAGAAAUUGGACUUUCUACUCUCUGUCAUAGGCUUUGCUGUGGACCUGGCCAAUGUCUGGAGGUUUCCCUACCUGUGUUACAAAAAUGGAGGAGGUGCCUUUUUGAUCCCAUACAUUCUGUUCCUGUUUAUUGCUGGGAUGCCUCUGUUUUACAUGGAACUUGCCCUUGGCCAGUAUAACAGAGAGGGAGCAGCCACUGUUUGGAAGAUAUGCCCUGUGUUUAAAGGCGUGGGCUACACUGUGAUCGUCAUAGCAUUGUAUGUGGGCUUUUACUACAAUGUCAUCAUAGCCUGGUCUCUGUAUUACUUAUUUGCUUCAUUGACGAAUAAGCUGCCCUGGCUCCAUUGUGAUAACCCGUGGAACAGCCCCAACUGCACAGUUCCAAAUCGAAUCAAUGGCACCUUCUUGGGUAAUGGAACCUCCUAUGCCAAGUACAAGAACACACCGGCUGCAGAGUUCUACGAGCGUGGAGUGCUGCACAUUCAUGAGAGUAAAGGCAUCGGUGACCUAGGUGUUCCUCGCUGGGAGCUCUGCCUCUGCCUUAUUGUGGUCGUCUUUAUCCUCUACUUCAGCCUGUGGAAGGGAGUCAAAUCCUCUGGAAAGGUGGUGUAUAUUACAGCUACUAUGCCCUACAUAGUGUUGUUGGUGUUGCUGAUUCGAGGCAUAACUCUCCCUGGUGCAAUGAAUGGAAUUAGGGCAUAUCUCCACAUUGACCUAAAGAAGCUCAAUAACCCUCAAGUGUGGAUUGAUGCAGCUACUCAGAUUUUCUAUUCUCUAGGAGCUGGGUUUGGAGUCCUUAUUGCCUUCGCUAGCUACAAUAAAUUCGACAAUAACUGCUACAGGGAUGCUCUUCUGACCAGCACAAUAAACUGCAUAACCAGUUUCUUCUCAGGAUUUGCCAUCUUCUCAGUACUGGGGUAUAUGGCUGAACAGCAUGGUGUCAACAUAAAGGAUGUGGCUACUGAGGGAGCUGGACUGGUGUUUAUUAUCUAUCCAGAAGCGAUUUCAACUCUACCUGGAUCUACAUUCUUCGCAAUAGUCUUUUUCAUUAUGCUUCUAACUCUUGGAAUUGACAGCUCUAUGGGUGGCAUGGAAGCAGUAAUCACUGGGCUUUCAGAUGACUUCAAAAUCCUCAAGAGGAAUAGAAAGAUAUUUACAUUUGCUACAGCAUUUGGGACAUUCCUAGUAGCCAUUCUGUGCGUCACAAACGGAGGGAUCUAUGUGUUGACCUUGUUGGACAAGUAUGCUGCAGGGACAUCCAUUCUAUUUGGGGUGCUGAUUGAGGCCAUUGGAGUAUCUUGGUUCUAUGGCGUGGAUAGAUUUAGUGAGGACAUUGAACGCAUGAUGGGCUUCAAACCAGGAAUCUACUGGAGGCUCUGUUGGAAGUUUGUCAGUCCAGUAUUCUUAUUGUUUGUGGUGAUCGCCAGCAUUGUUACCUCCGGCGAGCUGAAAUAUGAUGAUUAUACUUUCCCUUACUGGUCCAAUAUUGUGGGCUGGUCCAUAGCCUUGUCCUCUAUGCUUUUUGUACCCAUCUACGCCAUCUACAAAUUCCUUAGUGUGCCAGGCUCAUUAAAAGAGAGGAUAGCGUACUGCAUUACUCCAGAGCAUGAACAUCACAUGGUGGCUGAGGGUAAUGUCAGACAGUUCAAGCUCAGACAUUGGCUAUCCAUCUGAUGAAGGGGUCAGAUGGGAGUUCCCUCUCAAAUGCUACUUGAAUGCUGGAGAUGAAAUGAUGUGUGUGAGAGAGAAAGGUUUCUGCAAAGGUGUCUUACUGAAUGAAAAGUGUCACCUGAGAAAAGGACAGAAUGAAGCCAUGGCUUUGUGUGUUUCCCAUCCAGUACAGUUACUGUCCAGUCUGCUCCAUUUGUGUUCAGUGGUUGACUUGGCUUUUUUAUAUUGUUGGGCAAAAUAAAUGUUGUGCCUGUACUUUUUUUUUUAAUCACACCCUUUAUUCUAAACACCUCUCAGACCUCAAACACCUUCAAAACAGUUCUUUUUUUGUUUGUUUCAUAACAUUUUCUUUUUAUAAAUCAUUUUUUUUUUUGGUUCUAGAAUUGCCUUUCUGUGAUGGUUAUAGGUCAGUUUUGGUGAAAAUGUAAUACACACUGAAGCUAUAUUAUCCUCUAUGCCUGGGCAGUUGAAUGUGUGUUUAUAUGGAUUAAGUGGGGUGUAACAGGUUCACGUGCACCCCAGAUUUAAGGUUUACUGUAAGUGGACACACUGAGAAAAGGAAACCUCCUGGAUAUUCCAGGAAAUCUUUCACGCCGUAUAACAGGCUUGGGUCAUUGCUACAGUACAGUAUAUGUUAGCAUGCAGCUGUGAGUUUCUCACAUUUUACCUUGUUUCCCAAGAAUGGUUUGUUUUGCAACAGCUGGCUUACAUCAAGGGUCCACCUAGAAUUAUCUCAAGCACAUCUUUUCCAUUUUCGACACACCUCUCAAAGCAAGACAUACACCACUGUGUCAGUGCCUUAUCUAGCCAUAAACUUCCUGUCAUUAAGCCUCUCAUCCCUGUGAAGAGAGUGCAGGGACGUUCUUUAUAACUAACAUCUCAUUGAGAAAGAGUCUCAAUUAACUCCAUGCCAAGGGAAAUUUAUAAUUGUAGUUUUCAAAGUAAACUAGUGAAUUGAGCUUCAAGUAGAGCUCUUUUUUUUGUUAUAUUUGUAUAAAGGGGAUUUUUAGUUUUUUGGAUCAAUAUUUUAAGCUUUAACUAUGGCCUUGGGUUAGAGAAACAAUUAUCAUUAGGACCAAUUAGCUAACUUAUUGUAUGUUAAUAACUUUUUUGAAACAUAUAACAAAAAAACACAGACAACAUUUUGAACUUAAGGACUUGUUGAAGUCCAGCUGACCAUGUAAAGCUUACAGUACUAGUGUUUGAAUACGCUUGGCAGUGGUUUAGCUCAUUUAAUUCGAAUUGUGUUUGAUUUAACAAAAGUUUCAUUGAAUAUCUAUUAACACUGGCAAUUCUAUUUAUUGAGCUCUUGUGGUACAGUCCCAUUAUCAAGUGGUCCCUUUGAACAUUUCAAGCCUUUUAUGGGUUGUGUGUGUGUGUGUGUGUGUGUGUGUCUGUGUGCGAGUUAUAGAUAACAGAUUAGGUUUCUUAGGUUUUCAAUGUUUUAACAUUUUUUUAAGUGCCGAAAUUAACUCACGUCAUGUUUGUUUGUGCUUUAUUUAUUUGUGUUGGAUAAUUUUGCAUACAAAAAUAAAAAAAAAAUAAAAAAAAGACAGAAAACAUGAUUCUGGUAGGAAGCAGGCAACAUAUGUGGAUUAUGAAAUAUAAAGAGAUAAAAAUAUAUUCUUUUGUCAUAUAUCUAAAAUUGUAUUAUCAAAUUCUUUAUAAAAUGUGAAUGUUAAACAUUUUAAGCAAAGUGUCUACUGUUAUAUCAUGCUGUGUGAUGUUGGUUAAGAUAUAAAUAUUCAGAAAUGUAUUAUUCCGUGUAACCAGGGGUGACAUAACCACGUGAAUGUAAACGGAGCAGCUCUGGCAUUUCUGAGUGAUGCUUACAGAAUAAUGUGUACAACUACAAACUUGUCCUUUUUUUGUGAUUGACAAAUAUAUAUGAAGUCAAAAUAUGCACAUUAUAACAAUAAAGUCCUUUCCAGUACACAAAUAAAAUACAAAUACGUGUUUUGUCUUCUUAAUGGAGAAUUUCCAGUUGUUUUGUUUUUACCAUACACACUUGACAGUGCUCAUCUUUUUGUGGCCCUUGGUUAUAUUGAUGAGAGACUAAACCAGUGUUAUGUCCUGCUGAGCACAGACUUAGUUUUCUGGCU